AUGCGAGUAGUCAUUGUAUUAGCUCUUGUCGGUGCUGUUUUGGCGGUGCCAAGGCAGCUUUCACGUAUCGUGGGAGGCUCACCCGCCACUAUUGAGAAGUACCCGUUCAUAGCCAGUUUGCAGUUCAACAGAUGGGGAAUUUUUCAUAGCCCAAGAUGUGGUGGUUCGCUAAUAACAAGAACAACAGUACUUUCAGCAGCUCACUGCUUCUACCAAGCCGAAUCUCCUGUACAAUGGCGCGUGCGUUUGGGAUCGGCAAAUUCCACUUCCGGCGGCACCGUACAUGACGUCUCUCAUAUAAUCAUGCAUGAAAAUUUCGUUUACAUUACAAAGCUCAAUGAUGUCGCGCUCUUGAGACUCAGGGUUGCAGCCAGUUUAUCCUCAACAAUUGCUCUUGCUUACAUCGCUGGUACAAACUACAAUCUGCCCGAUAACGCGCUGGUCUACGCCGCAGGAUGGGGCAGACUUUCGGAAGACAAACCACAGCAACCUGAGGAAUUGCUACAUAUUGAGAUCAAUGUCAUUAACCACGAAUUAUGUAGACGACGCUAUGCCUUGCUCCAGACUCUGCCAGACUACAAGUUUAUGCCUCAUGUAACUCCUGAAAUGCUGUGCCAUGGUAUUCUCAAUGUAGGAGGCAAGAACACUUGCUUAGGAGACUCGGGCGGUCCAAUUACUCACAACAAAAAUGUAAUUGUUGGCGUCAUCUCUUGGACUUUUGGCUGCGCUCAUCCUUUCUUCCCUGGAGUUAGUGCUCGUGUGUCAUCUUACACGACCUGGAUCUACGACCAUUCAGUCUCAUAA